AUGCCAUGGCCACCAUGGCCCUCGAAUUCCGAAAGGGACACCGAUGGCAAGAAGCGGCGUGUGCCAUGGACCGAAAGCCUAAAUGCUACAGAUUGGUCUCAUUACACGGAUCCUAGGACGCUGGUUCCGACGCUACUCCUCACAACAACCAUCUUGGUGUCUGUUCGCGUCUAUCGUUCCUACCUGCGCCGUAUUCCAGAAGCCACCCAUAUUCGACCUGGGUCCUUCAGAAAGCGGAGCUUGUUUGGUACUGUGACGAGAGUGGGCGAUGCGGAUAACUUCCACCUUUUUCAUACGCCUGGCGGGAGACUGGCAGGAUGGGGAUGGCUACCAUGGCGGAAGGUUCCCGACAAGAAGCUGUUGAAAGGCAAUACGAUACAUAUCCGAAUAGCAGGCGUUGACGCGCCCGAAUGUGCCCAUUUUGGCAGGCCAGCACAACCAUAUUCCGAGGAGGCCCUACAAUGGCUCAAAAACUACAUUAUGGAUCGUCGAGUGCGGGCCUACAUCUACAAGCGGGACCAGUAUGAACGGGUCGUGGCCACGGUAUGGGUACGGAGGUUUUUAUUCCGCAAGGAUGUUGGAAAGGAAAUGCUCAAGGCGGGGAUGGCUACUGUGUAUGAAGCCAAGAUGGGAGCUGAGUUUGGAGACUUCGAGGAUAGUUAUCGGAGGGCGGAGGAGGUCGCAAAGAGAAAGAAGGUGGGGAUGUGGUCAGGAAAGGCCAAAGACUACGAGAGUCCCCGAGACUAUAAAACCAGGAUGGCAGCUAUUCGCGAGCUGAAGUGA